AUGGAUCGUUUCUUUACCACAAAAUCUGAAAACAGAAAAAGAAGUCUUAACGGUUCAUCUACUUGCACUAAGGGUGAGAGUACCAAUGGCAAAACACCAGCUGAUAUUUUACAGCUAGCCAAAAAAAAUGAUAAGAAGAGACAUGAUGAGUUGAUUAAAGCAAAAUUGAUUGCACUUAAACGUGACAAAAAUGAUGCUACUACUAUUCCUGUGGUAAAUCUUAUUGAUGAGGAGGACAAACCAGACUCGGGGGACAAUUUGCAAUCGAUUAAGUCCAAGUGUUGUAAUCGGACACAAAAUAUUUCUUCACCAACAUACAAUUUGGCAAGUCUUGAUACAGAUGCGAAUUGUUUAGAUAUGGUUAUAACUGGUGCUAAGGAUAAACCUUCCAAGAAUUCAAUCAAGUUGUCAACUUUGCUGAAAAAUGGUAGAUUUGAUAUUGCAGUGAAUCGUCCGGUGUUCAAUGUUUGCUUGAAGGUUGACUCAAAAAUGCUUCGAAAUGUUGUGAAAAGAGAUAUCAGGGUUCCAGCUGAAAAUAAAGGUUUUUUGAAGUCUUUUGGAAUCCACAAUUCACGGAAACCUCACCGACCUUCAUUUGAAGAGAUCGUAAAGCAAUUUUCCGACAAUGAAAAGCAAAGAAACACAAGGAAAACAACAGAUUAUAUGGAAUUGCCAACUUUGAAGGUUGCCAAUUUUUGGAUCAUGGAUGAAGCUGAUAAGAUUGAAUAUCAAAAUAUGAUCGCCCAGAAGUUGAAGCUUCCAUUUACUUCUAGAAAAGAGCAUCUUGAACAUCCGUUUCAUUUUUCUGCGAAUGACUAUAUGUCGUUCUUUGAUAAAAGUUUCAAAGCAGAGACUUGUCCAAAGGUUCAACCUUUUGAGGUUUUCUAUUAUCCUGAGCGUGAUGCCACAUAUAAAAUGAAGGAAGAAGUGAAAAGAGCUCCCAAGGAUCCACGUUUUUCCAGACUAAUCUCAAACUAUGAGUAUUUCAGAGAGAAUGAUUGUACUCAAUGGUGUGACCUUUUUAGACCAAAAACUCAUAGUGCUAUAUUACAGAAAAAGGCAACUCGGGAAUUCUUAUAUUCGUGGAUUAAUGAUGCAUUUAGCAAACUUAAAAAUGUGAAUCCAAGAAAACGUCAGCAAUUCUUAAAGAGGCAGAGGAAAAAAAACAAGCAGGAUUCCGAAAUGGGUGAUUUUAUUGUAGAUGAUAAUGAUGGAUACGAAGAAGAUGGCAGAGAAAUACAGAAAGAUAAAUUCAUUCCAUCCCUAAUUGUGACUGGGCCCAUUGGUUGUGGGAAGACUUCAUCAAUUUAUGCAAUAGUAAAGGAGGAACUCAACGGCAGUGUAUUUGAACUCAAUUCCUCACAACCAAGAGCUAAGAAAGAUAUCAAUUUUCAUCUCAAACAAAUUGGAACCACUCAUCUAGUCAACGCAGAGACAGGUAUAAAUCACGAUAGAACAGUCAUACUUUUUGAUGAUGUCGACCUUAUAGAUGAUGAGGGAAGAGAUAAGGAGUUUUGGAUGGGUGCUAGCCAACUUCUUUCCUAUACGUAUAGACCAGUUAUUUUUAUUGCUAGGGAUCUUACUACGAUACCUUCGAAUAUUAUUGAGGAGUCAACGGUAAUAAAUUUGGGGCUAAAUAGUGCCAAAUUAGUUGACAGCUAUUUAAAAUUAGUUGCACUCAGCAAGGGAUUUGACAUUGACUCUUCGAUUUUGAGAUCUUUGCAAAGAGGAGGCAUUCGGGGGUCGAUAAUGCAAUUACAACUAUUCAGCAAUCGUUUUGAUAAACUAGACGUGGGUCUAGUAAAGGUUUGUCGGCAGCAAGUUGCAGCUGAAAAAUCAGAAUCAAAAAAAAACAGAAAUAAUUUAUCAUCCAUUAAAGGGAGCCCUAUUUCUCAUCUAAGCAAGUUGAGAAAGCUUGAUCUUAUGCGGGAUAUAAAAUUUGGAAUAAGAUUUAUAGAAUUUACAGAACGUACGGGAGAUGUGAAAUACUAUCAUUACAAUCACUUGUCUUCUUCUCAGAAAUUGUCUUCCGACAGAUAUCAAACGGUUUCGUUUUACUCACAACUUCUUUUCCCAAGUGGCUCCCGAAAACGGAAGUUACUUUACAAUGAUGCCUACGAUUACACGGAACUCAAUCCAGGGGGCUCUUUUGAAUAUUUGAGUGAUAUCCGAUUUGCUACAGAGGUUAGGCCAUUGAUAAAGAGUAUGGCCAAGAAGGAAUACGAACGGAUACAUAAAAUAAGAAUUUUAAAGAGAACGGGAGAAGAAAGCAAACUAAGAAAGAAUAGACGGAUGUUUCAUGCAAACCCGAAGGAUUUCUUUGAGGAUUUGGACUGA